CUGGAGCGCGUCGGAAGCCGGGCGCGGGAGACUGAACGGGAGGCCAUCAUGAAGAAGCCGCGAACAGCUGUGAGGAGUCAUCACAGGAAGCAGGCAUCCCGCCAGGAGGGAAAGAAGAAAUGUGUCCUUAGCAGCAUCCGGGUCAAGCCUUCUACCCCAAAUGACUUGGCCAGGCGGCAGGAGGAGGUGGUAUUGCAGCCCUUCUCCCCGUACCAUCUCUUCAGAGACACAGCUGAGGUCACAGUCUUUCGGGAGAAGCUCCUGAGCUGGUACGACCGAGAGAAGCGGGACCUACCCUGGAGAAGGCGGGCGGAGGGGGAGGUGGACCUGGACAGGCGGGCAUAUGCUGUGUGGGUCUCAGAGGUCAUGCUGCAGCAGACCCAGGUUGCCACGGUGAUCGACUAUUAUACCCGAUGGAUGCAGAAGUGGCCAACGCUGCAGGACCUGGCCAGUGCUUCCCUGGAGGAGGUCAACCAGCUCUGGGCGGGCCUCGGCUACUACUCUCGAGCCCGGCGGCUGCAGGAGGGAGCCCGGAAGGUGGUAGAGGAACUAGGGGGCCACAUGCCACGUACAGCAGAGACCCUGCAGCAGCUCCUGCCUGGCGUGGGGCGGUACACAGCUGGAGCCAUUGCCUCCAUUGCCUUUGGACAGGCAGCCGGUGUGGUAGACGGGAAUGUCGUACGGGUCCUGUGCCGAGUCCGAGCCAUUGGUGCAGAUCCCAGCAGCACCCUCGUCUCCCGGCAUCUCUGGAGCUUAGCCCAGCAGCUGGUAGACCUGGCCCGGCCCGGGGACUCAAACCAAGCGGCCAUGGAGCUGGGGGCCACGGUGUGCACCCCGCAGCACCCACGCUGCAGCCAGUGCCCAGUGCAGAGCCUGUGCCGUGCACACUGGAGGGUAGAGCGGGAACAGCGCUUGGCCUUGCAGAACCUGCCAGGCAGCCCCGAUGUGGAGGAGUGCGCUCCCAGCACGGGGCAGUGCCAGCUGUGUGCGCCUCCCACGGAGCCCUGGGACCGGACCCUGGGAGUGACCAACUUCCCCAGAAAAGCCAGCCGCAGGCCCCCCAGGGAGGAGUGCUCUGCCGUCUGUGUUCUGGAGCAGCCCAGGGCCCGUGGAGCUCCUCGAAUUCUGCUGGUGCAGAGGCCCAGCUCAGGUUUGCUGGCAGGACUGUGGGAGUUCCCAUGUGUGACUGCAGAGCCCUCCGGGCCAUGUGAGCGCGAGGCCCUGCUGCAAGAGCUUCAGCGCUGGGCUGGGCCCCUCCCAGCCACCCACCUCCAGCACCUGGGGCAGGUGGUCCACACCUUCUCUCACAUCAAGCUGACAUAUCAAGUAUACAGUCUGGCCCUGGACGGGCAGACCCCGGUGACCGUCACGCCAUCUGGCGCUCGCUGGCUGACCCGCGAGGAGUUUCACACUGCUGCUGUCUCCACCGCUAUGAAAAAGGUGUUCCGUGUGUAUGAGGGCCAACAGCCAGGGACCCGCAAGGGUUCCAAACGGUCCCCGGUGUCUAUUCCAUCCAGCCGGAAAAGGCCCGGCCCAGGCCAGCAAGUCCUGGAUAGUUUCUUCCGGCCUCACCUCCCCACGGAUGCACCCCACCUCAACAGUACCGCCCAGUGACGACGCCUCUGCAAGCCCCCACUUCCUGAGAAUCC